ACAUAAUGAUGAUGCAACACUCAAAACAAUUGAUAGAGCAUAUUACCUUCUUCUUCAAGAGGAAAGGUAGAGGAGCAUCCAAAACAUGGCUCAAUAUCCCACUGAAUCCAGUUCUUUUGCUGUACCUGGGCAGAAUUUUAAUCAGAACAAACAGAGAUAUGGAAAUCCAAAUACUUAUUGAGGUAAUAUGGUAGGAACACAGCCUUCCAAGAACAAUCAGGAAUAUAGGAAGACUCUAUUUUGUAACUACUGCAAGAAGGAAGGACAUACCAUUGAUAAAUAUUUCAAGUUGCAUGGUUAUCCACGGACAUUCAAAAACUCUAAUAGACAGAACAAGUUUCAAUAUUCAAUUCAAGGGAAUGCAGUAUUUUCAGAUGAAGGACCUGGGCAGUUUCAAACCAACAUCUCCGAGACUGAAGCUACUAUUGGUAUAAAUCAGGGACAACUUACACAACUGAUGGAGCUACAAGUUAAAAUUGGCCAAAAAGCUCCUAUUUUUGAGGCUAGUGUUGUUGCCAAUUGUGCUGGGCCUUUCCUUGAGGAAGCCUCUGGUUCUUGGUGAAAUCGAGGCUGGGCUCUACCUUUUGCAUUCUGUUCAUCUUCCUGCUGAUUCCCUGCACAUAGAUAAUAAAACUUCAGCUAUUAAACAUAGUUGUAACACUUUGUCCAAGUUUGAUAUUUUACAUUCUUCUAUGUCUAGUUCUACUGCUUCAUGUGAUAAUCUUUGGCAUGUAAGGUUGGGUCAUUUACCUAUAUCUACCAUGAGAUAUAUUCCCAUUUGUAAACAACAAUGUUCCAGUGAUAAUCCUUUCUCUUGUUCUA